UCCACCCGAGAGAGAGAGAGAGAGAGAGAGAGAGGGAGAGACAGAACCGGGCCGGAGAGCGACAUCAUGUCCGUGAACGAGGUGUACGCGUGCGCGCGGCCGUUCAAGCUGAUCGCGCUGCUCUGCGUGUUCCUCGCGCUGUGUUUGGACGUCGCGGCGCUCGUGAGUCCCGCGUGGGUGACGGCGGAAGGCUACGCGCUGUCCCUGUGGGAGUCCUGCAGCGACAACGGGGCCGCGUGGACCUGCGCGUCCACCCUCACAUCCGAUUGGCAGAUCGCUACGUUGGUGUUGUUGUUAUCUGGAGCGUCGGUCACGCUGUUGUCGUUUCUCGUUGCUGUGAUUUCACUGUGCAGAGGAACAAACAGGAAGCACUACCGCACCGUCGCUGUGUUUCUCUUCGCAGCAGUGGUCCUCCAGACGUGUGCUCUCGUUCUUUAUCCAAUCAAAUUUAUCGAGUAUAAAAUGCUGCAGACGUACCACGAGUUUAAUUGGGGUUACGGACUCGGAUGGGGAGCUACCAUCUUCAUGCUGGGCGGGGGGAUCCUGCUCUGCCUCCGGACGGACAUGUACGAAGAUGGAAUGUACUGAAGCCUCAACUAAACACACACACACACACACACACACACACACACACACUGUAAAAAGCUGCUAGGUUUGCACUGCAACACUCAAACACAUACUAUCUUAUGCAUCCUUACGAAUGGCUCUGCCUCCAAAAGGUCACACACACACACACACACACACACACACACACACACACACACACACACACACACACACUCAGAGUGAGAUGUACUGGAGAUAAGACUAUAAUAUCCAUAAUUCCCAGAGUGGAUAUUUUGAAAUGCAGACAUGCUACUCCUUAUUUUUCUCUGACAUUUGACCUUUGACCUUUCUUUGCAGCUAAUGUUAGCACAAUGCUACAUUAACAUAGCUGACUAGCUUAGCUAACAUUGUUAAACUACUAGUAUAUUUUGCGAAUUAAUAAGUAUACGUAGAGCUGAUGAAAUGUAAUGUAAUCUAAGAUCCGCCCUUUUUAGGUUAAGCCCCGCCCUCAUUGACACCCACCUCACUCAGCCAAUCCGGGACGAGUGUUUGGUUCACGUGAAAAUAUUUUCACUCUUUAGGAGAAUCUUAACAUAACAACAUAAAAUCUCCAGAUGGACUGAUUUCUUUUUACAGAAGUGUAUUAUAUAGAUAUAUUUAGAGCUAUUUACAUUUAUUAAUUUGUAUAUUUCCUGUGUUGCAUAUCAUUAGAGAAAAUAUCCUCUUGUUUAUGAAGUGCUUAUGUAGCGCACACACACACACACACACACACACACACGAUGUACAGAUGAACCUGAAGGAUAUAUUUUGUGUUAUGAUGUUUGAUCAUAUGCAGGUGUUUUUUAUUUUUUGAUGGAUUUGGGGGAGGAGUUACACAGUGUACGAAUUUAUUUCUCCAUUUUAAUAAUAAAAUCAAUAAAGACUGUUGUUGAAUAAA